UGUUGAACGUUACAAAAUAAUUAUUAAGAAAGAAGUCGUGUGAAAAUGAGUGCUGGCAAUCAAAUUAACACUUCCAAGUGUGGCAACACCUUGUGCUCGUACGUUACACCCAAAGAAAUUGAAGAAAUCCGUCUUAAUUUAGACAAUGAUUGGAAAGUUUUACGUUCAAUUUAUGAUUUGCUAAUAGAUGAGAAAGCAUUUUGUUGCAACAAAACCGACUGGAAUGAGAAAAUUGUGCAGUUUGUCCAGCCUGCUGAUCUGAAGAAUCUAAUCGAUUUAAAAAUCGAAGAAAAUCAGAGCCAUUCCAUUGAAGAAAUCCAAAAACUAUGUCGAGAAGUUAUUAAAUACUCGGUGAAAACUAGUCAUGGACGAUUUCACAAUCAACUUUUUGGACAAAUGGAUCCCUAUGGCUUGGCAGGCAGUUGGAUAACCGAAGCUCUCAACACAAGUUCAUAUACCUUUGAAGUAGCGCCUGUAUUCUCUUUAAUUGAAAUGGAAAUUAUUCGCAAAGUAAGUGAAUUGUGUGGGUACGUUGAAGGUGAUGGCAUAUUCUCACCAGGUGGAUCAAUAUCAAAUAUGUAUGGCAUUGUUUUGGCAAGGUAUAAACGUUUUCCUAAUAUCAAAUCAUCCGGCAUGUUUGGUCUUCCACCCAUGGUUCUAUUCACAUCUGAAGAAUCGCAUUAUAGUUUCAAAAAGGCCGCAAAUUGGUUGGGCUUUGGUGUAGACAACUGUGUCAUUGUGAAAACAAAUGACAAGGGACAAAUGCUGGUAGAUGAUUUGGAAAAGAAGGUAUUAUUUGUCCAGUCACAGGGUAAGGUACCAUUGUUCGUAAAUGCCACAGCUGGUACAACAGUAUUGGGAGCAUUUGAUGACUUUGAAAAGGUGGCCGAAGUAUGUGAGAAAUAUGAUUUGUGGUUGCAUAUAGAUGCUUGUUUAGGCGGUUCUAGUUUGUUAUCCUACAAAUACCGCAGCUUACUUAAGGGUAUUGAACGAUCGAAUUCGUUUUCUUGGAAUCCCCACAAAUCCCUAGGAGUACCUUUACAAUGUGCUCUAUUUAUGACGCGAGAAACCGAACUAUUGCCACAAUGCAACAGCUUGGCAGUACAUUAUCUCUUCCAACAGGAUAAAUUUUAUGAUGUCUCCUACGAUACGGGCAACAAAAGCGUGCAGUGUGGCCGCAAAAUUGAUGCAUUUAAAUUUUGGCUUAUGUUUAAAGCUCGUGGUUAUGGUAGUUUUGGGCGCCUGCUAGAUCAUGCUUUAGAUAUGUCAAAAUUAUUUUUGAAAAAGUUACAGCAAAGGAAAGGAUUCCGUUUAGUAUUAGAUGAAUAUCAAUAUACCAAUAUAUGUUUUUGGUAUAUACCCAAAAAGAUGAGAAAUUGCACUGAGAAUGAAGAGUGGAAAUUAAAGUUGUAUGAGAUUGCUCCCAAAGUCAAGGAACUAAUGAUAUUGCAGGGUACCUUGAUGGUGGGCUAUUCACCUUUACAGUAUCGCAAUAUUGGCAACUUUUUCCGCAUGGUGUUCACUUGUUUCCCAGUGAUGGAUGAGACGGAGUUGGAUUUCAUUUUGAAUGAAAUCGAAAGAUUGGGUGAAGAAUGUUUUUUAUGAAAUAAUUAGAAAUUAGUAAGAAUGUGAUGAAGUGCAAUAAACUCUUUUAAAUAUAUGUACAUGUGGAUUAAAA